AUGGCAAGCAAAGGACCCACGACUUCUACAUCAACAAAGAGCUCCAAUACUGGAGGGACCAGUGGCAGCAGUAGCAGUAAUGGUGCUGGGGACAAUGCUAAUCAGGACAACACUUUCGAAUGUAACAUCUGUUUAGACACUGCCAAGGAUGCAGUUAUCAGCUUGUGUGGACACCUCUUCUGUUGGCCUUGUUUACACCAGGGAUUCCAGGGCUUUGGGUUUGGCGAUGGUGGCUUCCAAAUGUCAUUCGGAAUUGGGGCGUUUCCCUUCGGUAUAUUUGCGACAGCAUUCAACAUAAAUGACGGGCGACCUCCUCCAGCUGUUCCAGGGACUCCUCAAUAUGUGGAUGAGCAGUUCCUCUCCCGCCUCUUCCUGUUUGUGGCUCUGGUGAUAAUGUUCUGGCUGUUGAUUGCAUAAAUCUUUUCCAUUUUUCUGUAUGUUCAUGGCCAACAAGGCCACUGAAACAGUUACAAACUGCAUCCCCGUCCCAUUUUAAACCUCUUGGUGUCUGGUUCCGUAGCUAACUGUGGGCUUCAGGAAUUGGUGGUACCACAGCACAAUGAGGAGUCUCAGAUUUUGCACCAGAGUCGGAAAUUAAACAUUGGUUAAAAAGCAUAUUUCAGCUCAGCUAUCUUGUACAACAGGUUCCUGCCACAGACCAUGGGCCUAACUUUGAGCUCCGCUCCUAAAAGGAGCGCUGCUUUGAAAUCCUGUGCCAAUCAGUGACACCAGGUGUACGUGAAAGACAGUUGCCCCAAGGUAGACCGGGCAGGUAAGGAAACUCCUGCAAUGUGAUCAGUAUCUCAUGCUUGGCAUGCUUGGCGACGGAUCUGCCGGAGCUGCGGACGUUAUUUAAUGUCUUUACAUCAGCAUCCAGCCUUCUUCAGGAAACCAUCUGCAGCACCGCUGAGACUCUGGGCACAGCAUGCGAUGCAAAUGGAGCCAGGUUUGGAGACUGGUUUCGUUUCUUGCUGUUGUUUCCCAGCGUGGUGGAAAACCCCUCCUGAAGCAGCUCUGAUGGCUGUU